AAAUACAACUAGAUCCUUCAUAUGUAUAUAACCACACAAGUUAUUCAAUGCAAUAAUCCCACCUUCCAUUGAAAAACACACUCUCAAAAACCAUGGCAAGGUUAGCUAUUUUGCUACUCAUUCUCAUUGCCGUUCACCACGUUAAUCCAACCACAUCCCUCCCUUUGUCAACGAACUCCCGUUGGAUCGUCGACGACCAAACUCAUCGGCGAGUGAAGCUAGCUUGCGUGAACUGGCCGUCGCACCUUGAGCCAGUGUUCGCCGAAGGACUGAGCAAGAGAUCGAUGGAUUCGAUCGCCGAACAGAUCGUAUCGAUGGGAUUCAACUGCGUUAGGCUCACUUGGCCGUUGUAUUUGGCCACCAAUGACUCUUUAAGUUCCCUCACCGUCCGGCGAUCGUUUCAAAAUCUUGGGUUGAUGGAACCCAUUGCUGGAAUCCAAGCUAAUAACCCAUCCGUCAUUGAUGUGUCGCUGAUACAAGCUUUCCAGGCAGUGGUGUCUAGCCUUGGGAAAAACAAUGUAAUGGUGAUACUCGAUAAUCACCUGAGCAAACCCGGGUGGUGCUGCGGUUACUAUGACGGCGAUGGUUUCUUCGGUGACCCGUAUUUUAACCCGGAUAUAUGGGUCAUGGGUCUGACCCGGAUGGCCACCCUAUUCAAUGGUGUCACCAAUGUGGUUGGUAUGAGCUUGAGAAAUGAACUUAGAGGUCCCAAACAAAACGUAAAUGAUUGGUACAGGUACAUGCAAAAAGGAGCUGAAGCAGUGCACGCAGCCAACCCAAAUCUGCUCAUUAUCCUUUCGGGACUAAGCUUCGAUAAAGACUUAUCGUUCAUCAAAAACCGACCCCUGAUUCUCACGUUUAGUCGAAAACUAGUGUUCGAAAUGCAUUGGUACGGGUUCACUGAUGGCCAGGCAUGGGUGACCGGCAACCCAAAUCGGGUGUGUGGCAGAGUGACGAACGAUAUGAAGAGGAUGUCAGGGUUUUUGGUCGAUAAAGGUUAUCCAUUGUUUGUGAGCGAGUUUGGGGUGGACCUACGAGGGACCAAUGUGAAUGAUAAUAGGUACUUGAAUUGCUUUUUGGGUACGGUGGCUGAACUGGACCUAGAUUGGGCAUUAUGGACACUGGUUGGGAGCUAUUAUUUGAGGGAAGGGGUCAUUGGGUUAAAUGAAUAUUAUGGGAUAAUGGAUUGGAAUUGGAUUGAUAUGAGGAAUUCAAGCUUUGUUGAGAGAAUUUCAGCACUUCAAUCUCCUUUUCGAGGACUAGGAUUAUCGGAAACCGAACUACACAAAGUGAUCUUUCACCCUUUAACCGGGCUUUGUGUUUUAAGGAAACAAUCGGGUAGCUCUUUGAGUUUGGGUCCAUGUACUGACUCAGAGGCUUGGAAUUACUCACCCCAAAAGACCUUGGAGUUGAAGGGAACUCAGUUGUGCUUACAAGCUGAUGAACCGGGGACGAUGGUGAAGCUCGGAACCAUCUGCGGCGGCUCGAACUCAAGAUGGGAAACAAUAUCAGAUUCAAAGAUGCACUUAUCAUUGAAGCUCGGAAAUGUCACGUCAGUUUGCAUGGACAUAGAUUCGAACAACAAUGUUGUUGUAGCAGAUUGCAAAUGCUUGAAUGAUGAUAGUCAGUGCGACCCUAAAAGUCAGUGGUUCAAACUUGUGAAUAGCACGAGGAGUGGAAACGGGGGGAACUCCUUUGUAGAUUUUGAUUCGAUCACUGAUUUCGGGAAAAAUGUUUUUAUGGAAUCUUUUGGUUGGUUGGAUAUAAAAACCAGUCUUGAUCGAUUCAAGGCUAGUUUAGCAUUAUUGUUACGGUUAAAAAGUACAUUUUAAAAGCUUGGUUUGAAAAUAUUGUUUCUUAAUUUUAAGUGUUUAACAUUACUGUAAAAAAUUGUUAUGAAAAGUUUCUUAAAAUCCUCAUAAUAUGUACAUAUAAAAAGAGGAUUUUCCCUUACACUAGUAUAAAA